UGACGCCAUCUUCGACGCAUGCGCAAGUUCAAUUCCGUUGGUAAUUUGCGGUCCCGUUCUGCGGUGUGUGCUGGAAGAUUGUAAUGGUUCUGGUACGCGCACCUUGAUAAACACAGUAAGGUGCACGCUGCUUGCCGAAUCAUUUCAGGCUGACUGAUACGUCGGAAGGACUCGGCUCGUAGGAGUAAGUACACAUAAUUUCCGGGAAAGUACAUCAGAAGACGCCACGACCGUUUUCCGCAUCGCUCCUUCCCGAUUCCCGCGGCUUGUCCGACAUUUGAAGCGAAAUUUCUGCAAGUCGAGUGAGUCCGCUGUAACGGCUGCCGGAAUUCGUUCUUAACAGACGUCGUUGCACUUGGAAGCUCAGGAGGACACAGCUCGAGGUUGGAAAAGAAGUGAUGGGAGAAGAUGACACGGGAGCGUUCAGCACUUGGGACUACGUGGUCCUUGUCGCUAUGCUCUUGAUCUCAGCGGGUAUCGGAGUGUACUACCGCUUCACUGGAGGCAGGCAGAAGACCACGCAAGAGUACUUGCUGGGGGACCGCAAUCUGUCCGUUUUCCCCGUUUCUAUCUCCCUGAUGGCCAGCUUCAUGUCUGCUAUCACUCUUCUCGGAGUCACUAUGGAGAACUAUGCGUAUGGGACGCAGUUCGUCGUGAUAAACUUUUCAUACGGACUGGCGACCCCCAUCGCGGCAUACUGCUUUCUUCCAGUGUUCUUCAAACUGCAAGCCACUAGUGCCUACCAUUACCUGGAGCUGCGGUUCGGACGGGUGGCGCGGCUGGCCGCUUCGAUCGCGUUCUCCCUGCAGAUGGUCCUUUAUAUGGGCAUCGUGGUGUAUGCUCCGGCCCUAGCCCUGGAGGCUGUUACAGGUCUUUCGAAGACCCUUUCUGUUCUAAGUAUUGGCCUCGUCUGUACCUUCUAUUCUACCAUCGGUGGCAUGAAAGCUGUUGUUGUUACCGACGUCUUUCAGUCCCUGUUAAUGUUUGUGGCCGUUUACGUGGUGAUUAUCAAAGCUACAAUAGAUGCGGGAGGUCUGGCAGAAGUGUGGGAGAUAGCUGUUAAUGGGAGCAGAGUUGAAUUUGACAACUUUGAUCCUGAUCCAACUGUGCGCCACACGUGGUGGAGUCUGAUCAUCGGCGGAGGCUUGACGUACUUGUCACUGUACGCUGUGAACCAAGCUCAAGUACAGCGUCUGCUGACUCUAAAGGACUUGAAGAAGUCGCAGCGGGCCCUGUGGAUCAGCUGGCCUGUUCUCACUUUGCUUAGCCUGAGCACCUCGUUCUCGGGCCUCGCCAUUUACUCAAAGUACAGUGGUUGUGAUCCUUUAAAAGCUGGGCGAAUUUCUGCUUACGACCAGCUGAUGCCUCUUUACGUAGUGGACAGUCUGAGGCACCUCCCAGGCCUCCCAGGGUUGUUUGUUGCUGGUAUAUUCAGUGGGUCCUUAAGUACUGUGUCCUCAGCUGUCAACUCUCUUGCAGCUGUGACUUUGGAAGAUUACUUCAAGCCAGCUUACGCUAGCCUGAAAGGCACACCACUACCCGAAGUUUGGAGUGGGUUCAUCUCAAAGAUACUGGCGCUGCUGUAUGGGCUACUGUGUCUUGGUAUGGCCUACGCUGCAGAGUACCUGGGCGGUGUUCUCCAGGCGAGCCUGACCAUCUUUGGAGUUGUGGGUGGACCGCUGUUUGGGUUAUUCACGUUGGGGAUGUUCUUUCCCUCGGUCAAUCAGAUAGGCGCAGUGACUGGGCUCCUCAUUGGCAUUGCUUUGUCACUGUGGAUUGGAUUCGGUGGCCCCAAGCCCCCUCCAAAAAUGUUGCCUAUGUCAACUGAGAGUUGUUCACCAAGAAUACAGACUGAUUUAUUGAACAUGAGUGCUUCAAGCAGGGUUCAGAUGACAAGACUGAUUCAAAAUGCAACAACUGAAGUUACCAGGGCUGCUGACAGUUCUGAUGACUACUUUCUUCUAUAUAAACUGUCGUAUAUGUGGUAUGUUGUGAUUGGCUUCCUGGUGACGCUGCUUGUUGGUAUCAUUGUCAGCUACGUUAUUAGUUGGUGUCGUAAGGAACCAGACACGGUGCAUAACCCAGACCUGUUUGCCCCUCUUGUUCGGGGCUAUGUCAAACGGAGGUACCAGACAAAGGCACCGGUAGAUGAUGAAGAUGAAGUGGCAAUGAAGGAAAAGAAUGGCAUCAAAAUUAUCAGAAUCGACGAUGAUGCCGAUAGAGUGCCUGAAUAUAACGAGAACCAGAAACUCUCUGCAGCAACACCAUUAUAACAGUUACUGAAAAUAAGUGUUAAGGCUCUCAGUGCCCACAUAACAGAUUUUACUUCCUGAACACCAAGCAGAAGAUUACAGAUUGUAUGAAUAAUUAAUUAUGCAACAUUAUUUUUGUAUGAAUCAUACAGAGUUCAUAAGAGUAAAUCAGUAUUUUAAAAUAGAAAAUUGGAUUACUUAGAGGUCUGGUCUUGUGUGUCAACUGAAACCAGUCUGACUGCAACACUUUGUGGUGGGACGAGGAUCCCGUCCCAAAUCUGAACUAACCGCAAAGUGUGUGCGUCUUGUAAAGCACUCAUCAUUCCAAAUAACAAUGGCCACUGUUACUCAGUAUGAAGAAAAUUAUGGAUGAUACUCUUAAGUCUGGUCCUAACAGAUAUUAUUGACCUAGUGGUAUUUGUUCUCUGCAUCAGCUGUGAUAGUAUUCGUAGCAUAUGUGUCCUCCUUUAAUCCGACCAUUAUCCAGGCUGCUGCAUCUGUGAAUAAUUUCUUCAUGGCAGGUGCGCUACUCAUUGUAAAAGGUGUUGAUGAUGACUGCUGGCGGGGAAUCUUCAGCUUAACACAAGCUCCAGGCCUCAGCAUGAAGUCAGUAUUCUUUACAAUCACAAAAUUGUUCAUUUAUUAGAGGUGAGUGUAAGCAAAAACAAGCACAAAAGUUUGGAAAUAUUUCCGGUCAGUCUCAAACCCAAGAUGUUUGACACAGAAGUGCAGUGCCUUAUUGCUGGCUCCCAGAUCACUCUCAUUAUCAAAAACACAUUCAUGAGACCAUGGGAACGCUAUUGAAGGAAGUUGAAAACAUCUCUCACUCUUUUCUUAAUCAUUGAAUAAUUCUUUUGUAAAUAAAAGAGAUAUUAGAACGGGUUGGAGUUAAGCUGUUGAACGCAUCCUCUAGGUGUGGCUUGUGAAAGUAUUCCUUUGUUUUAUGAAUAUUUUUAAUUAAGAUUUUAUUUUCUGUUUGUGCUACAUGCAGCUUGUGAAACAUGAGCCUCAUGCCUUGAACUACCUCAUGCUCCAAGACCAAGUAAUAUGCAAGCUACUACAUUAUAAUAUUUUCAGUAAGGUGUAACGUAUAUUUUGAUAGCCAUUCAGCAGUGACCAUCUUGGGUGGAAGGAGAAGGGAGAUAUUAAUUAAUUUAUUUGAUAUAAUGUAGCAGUGAACUAGGAAGAGGUAUAUAAUGGUCUAUGACUGUACAGAUUUUCACAAAGGAAGUAUAAUUUUUAUGUAAAUACAUAAAUAUUAAGAGGUACAGCUACAACAGCAUUUUAGUUAAAAUUUGGGGGUUUACCAUGUUCCUAGUUGAAGCCUUUCCAAGUAGAUGGUGACAUUGAAAUAGAGGUAUACGUGCUUCCAAAGAAUCAAAGUAUGAGAACAAUGAACUAAGUGAAGUGAACUUUAUUCCACCACACUGCUUACUAAAUGUGGCGCUUUAACUAAGUUAAAAAGGCGAAUGAAUUUCAUGUUCUUUUACUGCAAAUGUUCCUUGCUCACAGAUUUGUGAACAUGCACUAUACUUUGGUUCUUCAAAUGCAAUUUGUUGUUCUAUAAAAAGUGUCUAUACAAAUGUCUUCCAAGUAAAACACUGCAUAUGUUUGAUGUACAUGUCUUUUAUGCUCAUGUCUCUGUUUAGACAUUAAAUUAUCUGCUGUUUGUAAUUUACAAAAAUGAAAUAUUUUGAUUUGUAACUGUUUACAAUUUAAAUAAAAAAGUUGUUUAUGUAUUGUUA